GCGUAAAGCCUUCGAUGACCGGCGGAUGGCUGGGAUCAAAGGGUGGCGGAGCACUCUGCGCCAUUGGAGACCCUACACCUAAGGCCACAGCAAGGGCGGGGGAAAGGGCUUCGCUCUCACUACACUGACGUUCUCCAGCCACCGUACACGCCAACCUCUAACCUGGAGGUUAAUAGCGUUUGUGACCCGGAUAUGGAAACGGUCACAUAUAAGCAGCUAUUUCUUUCUGGGAGAUGUAGUCCUUUCGAGGGUUUUGUUCGGAGAAUGUUACUAUACUUAUGGGAAAGCAGAACUACAUUUCCUAUCAGCUACAGCGGUAAUCGGUCUUACUGUGCUGGUAAAGGAAUCUACAUUACGGAACCGCGUGUGUCGUCUGUUUGGUCUUAUUGUCGUGAUGCCGAAAGCCAAGAAAAAGAACAGGCGGAAAAAGUACAACUACAAUGUGAACCGCAAGAAGCUGAACAGGGCUUUUCGUAAGCGAGCGAAGCCUCGUAUACAGUGUUCCCAAGUACGACAUGCCUGGGAUCACACAAAAUCUGUAUCACAAAACCUGACUGAAAUGGGACUGGCUGUUGACCCAAAUAAGGCUGUUCCCAUUCCAAAGUUAAUGCAACCAGUGAUGAAAAUGGAAAUUGAUAGACAUGAAAAAAAGACCAAAAUUGUGCGGAAGCCAUAUGUAUUAAAUGAGUUGGAAUAUCAGGCCAGCCUGCCAGAGAAGAAAUCAGAGACCCUCUCCAGAGAUCUCAUUGACUACGUUCAGCACAUGAUCCGGAAUCAUGGUGAAAACUACAAGGCUAUGGCUCGUGAUGAGAAGAACUAUUACCAGGACACACCAAAGCAAAUAAAGAGGAAGAUCAGUGUAUAUAAACGCUUUUACUCUGAGGAGUACCAAGCUUUUUGUACCUCUCUGCAGCAGGAAAAGAUGGACCACCAAUGACUUCGAGCAAUAGGAAGAAGCACCUUGCAACGCAUUCUGGUGCUCAGAAAAUGCAGUUUGUGUUAAAUGUAAUCCUACCAUUUCAUGAAAGAACAUGGGACUACGUCUUCACAGAUGGAAUUCUUGGUUGGAACUGGUGUGGUAAAAAGUAUUGAUUUUGCAGUUUUUACCAUUCUGAGGGACAGGAUUUACAUUUGAUAAAAUAAACUACUUCCAAAACUGAAA